AUGAGUUUUGGGGCAGAAAACUGCAAAUCAAAGCACCCUGUGUGCGCAGGGGUGGGGGUUAUUGAUGUGUCCGGGGUGACCCUUCCCAUCCGUGUGGGGUUUGUGAGGCUGCCAGCACAGGGCGGGCAGGGAGGAGGCAGGUCUUGCAGGCAGGGGAGGAGCACAGCCUACCUGGGCGCAGGUGCUGCAGCGGGAUCACCGGAGCAGACAGAGGAGGUUGUCAGGAUGGCAAACUUCAAGGGCCACGCGCUUCCAGGCAGUUUCUUCCUGCUCUUUGGGCUCUGGUGGUCGGUGAAAUACCCGCUGCAGUAUCUCAGCCAGAAAGUGACUAAGAAAUCCCACAGGAUUUAUUGCUUCCAGCGUGUGGACGCCAUCGAAGGGGGACUCAAAAUCAUCUUUGCUCUCAUAGGGAUGCUGGCAGAGCAGUUCGUCCCGGAUGGUCCUCACCUGUACCUCUACAGCGGGGAGAACCGUGACUGGGUGAAGCUGAUGAACUGGCAGCACACCACCAUGUACCUCUUCUAUGGCCUCUCUGGGGUGGUGGACGUCUUCACCUACCUCUCCCCAUUGGUGCCACGGGGACUGGAUCGCCUCAUGCUGUCUGUGGCUGUGUUUGUUGAAGGGUGUCUCUUUUAUUACCACGUCCUUCACCGCCCUAUGCUGGACCAGCACAUCCACUCCCUGCUCCUCAUCGCCAUCUUCGCAGGGGCCUGCAGCACCAUGCUGGAGGUCUUCCUGCGUGACAACAUCGUCCUGGAGAUGUUCAGAGCCGGUGCCACCAUCGUCCAGGGCACGUGGUUCUGGCAGAUCGGUGUCGUGCUGUUCCAGCCAUGGGGAGGCCCAAUGUGGGAUGAGAAUGACCACAGCAACAUCAUGUUCCUCACCAUGUGCUUCUUCUGGCACUGGGCAGCCGCCGUGGCCAUCCUGGCUAUGAACUACACUCUCACUUACUGCUGCAUCCAGAGGUGCAGGGCAGGCAGCGGGGAGCCCUACAUCAGCCUCGGGGUCCGGCAGCAGAAGCGUGACCCCAGCUCCCAAGCCACCUUCUUGAGUGCAUCCGAUGAAGAGUGAAGAGGGAGCAAUCGCCUGCUCCAGAGACGUGAGGAAGCUGCUUCCUAGAAGAUAAAACCCCAACGCCAAUGGGAGAUUCCUGCUUUGGGAGAGCAAGGGGAGGUGGCACCGUUCUGCUGCUGGGAAGCACGCAGCGGGGAGCUGCCCUCCAUCCAUACCCCAAUAUUGGCCCUUUCUAAGCCAGCACUGGGUUUUAGCCACACAAUUAGGCAUGGGAAUUGGACGUGAAGAGAUCGCUUCACCCCACGGGUUCCCAUGUGUGCUCCUGUGGUGAUGGAGGGCACCCUUUCACCCGACUUUUCCAAGGGCAUGGAGGCUCUGACCUGCUGUCCUUGGAGUCAGGGACACCCCCAGGCUGAGACCACGUACCUCUGGAGCAAGGCAUCACCCCAAGGAGGAAGAGGAAGAGCGUUGAGUGUGAGCUGAUGUCAGGUUUGCACCACCACUGUGGCUCGGCUGUGUACAAAGCAGGUUUCAUUACGGAAGCACUGAGCUAUUGAGCACUGAGCUGUUUGUAGUUUCCCUGUCCACUUACAGGCUGAAAGAGUGAAUAAAUGGGAAAUAAAAAUCCCCCCUGAGCUGA